UUAUUUGUGUUAUUAUUGUUAUUAAAUAGUGAAGUCACACUACUAUUUUUAAAUUAUAAAUUUAAAUAAAUGUCAUAGUAAAGUAAAAAAGACCAAGCUCCUAAAGUUGUAUCAAGCUAACUUUUAAACUUUUUUUUAAAAUUUUGGAUAUAUGAAAAUAUGACUUUUAUAUUGACACCUUUUGUAGAACAAAGUUUGGCUUUGUUGUAUCAAAAUUGGUACAGAGUUAGCUUAGAGGGACUCUAGUGGACUAAGUGGACUAGACCGGAUUCGAACCGACGUCUUCAGCUUUCACAGGUAAUGCCUAUAACUUCUAGGCCUCUCGGCCAUGGCGGUAUCCGUCUCAGUUUCUCGUGUACGAAAUCUUUGAACUAGGUAUAUAUUCUCUAAGACCGACGCGGGGUUUAAAUUGGUGGAGGGUUUGGUCACUUUUUCUAUGGUAUAUUUAUGUCGGCAGCUAAUCGUAAAAUCAGGCAGAUUUUGAUAUUCCUAGGCAUAUCAUGAAACGUGAAAAUCUAUGUCUCGAUCUCUGAGUCGACAGAGCUCCUAUUUCUGGACGGUUUGCCCUUCGUGCAUCUGAGCAAUCUAUUUGUUUAAUGUGACUAGCUGGUACCGUCAACAUUACUAUCUGCCUGAUAUUGCGAUCGGCCACCGACAUAUAUAUAUAUGACAUCUAUUUCGAUUGGCGUUUUCAAAAUAAAAAUAGAUCUACUUCCGCCCUGCAAUCACUAAUACUGACGACCCAAUUGUUUCGACCUCACCAAUUAAAAAGUGUAAGGUAUGUAAACGAUGAGCCAGCGUGCUGCGGCUGGUGUUUGAGCGGGCGCCCGUGACGUCACGAUCGGAAGCGCCCGGGGCCGCAACCGGCCGGCCGGUAGUCCCCGCGCCGCUUAUUGCUUGCCCGCCGCGCGAAUUGAAGCGCGUGUCCGCUCCUCGACCCGAUCGGGCCAUGUCCUGCCUUUCGAACGUGACUAAUCCCUAAAGUGCAAUAAGUUUGGUGAGACAUUAUGAAAGUUUUUUUGAUAGUGGGCUUUAUUGCGUGUUUAAUAGGAUUAAGUGUGCAAGAAGACUCGGAACCAGUGGUAGCGGUGGCGGGACACAGUGCGGAGCUACCUUGUAACGUGACCGCAAAACACCGGGACGACGAGCUACUUGUUGUCGCCUGGUACCGCGACGGCUCCAACACUGCUUUCACAAGUUAUGAUAGACGAGGGAAAAGCAAGCGUUUGGCAGCGGAGGCCGAGCGCUACCAGAUGAUAGUGGCAGAAGAAGAACACCGAUUGGUGAUUCCUGACGUGACGCCUGCCGACGCCGGCGCCUACCAGUGUUCCGUGGAGUACGCGCGCAGCCCAUCCACCACCACUGAUGUACUACUCCAAGUUAUCGAGCCUCCUCAGCGGACGUGGGUGGGGCUGCAGAAGAAUGGUUCGAAGAUCGCAUCGGCGAGCGCGGGCGCCAACAUCAGCGGGAACAUCGGUCCUUAUUAUAUUGGCGACUCUCUCGAACUAUUUUGCGUAGCUUUCGGAGGUAACCCACAAGCCUCGCUCUCCUGGUGGUCAGGCAAGCGUCUCCUCGAGAACAAGACUAUGGUGCUGUCGCCACAGCGCGUACGCAGCGACGUGACGUACGCUCCACUGCGGCGCGAGGACCAUGGCCUGGUGCUUACGUGUCUGGCCAACAAUAAUGACGUCACACCGCCGUUGGCUAUUGACAUUGUCAUCGAUAUGCAUCUUCCUCCGGAGCUGAUAGCCGUGCGGGCUCUAGGAGCAAACGACAGCCGCGUGCACUCGGAGGACACAGUGGUGCUGCAGUGCCGGGUGCUGGGCGCGCGGCCCACGCCGAACGUCAUAUGGCGGGCUAGGGGCGCUACACUCAUCAACCUAACGCAGGAUAUCACAGAGGAGCCAUCGCAGCGGCUACUAAUCAGCGAGAUCGAGCUGAGCAUAGACCACACAUGGGACGAGGCACGGGUCACAUGUUGCGUGCCCGCAUACAAGACCGACGCGGAGCUCACGUGCGCGCCGCCUCUCCCGCUCUCUGUGUUCUAUCCACCAGUGCUAAAUAUAACUGUGGAAUACGGCGGACAGCUGGACGCCGAAAAUUGCACACUACACGUGCUCAAGGGGUCCAACGUUACACUAAACUGCACGAGCCAAGCCAAUCCGGCAGUACACCAGCUCACAUGGUUUCACCAGGAUGAUAUCAUAUCUAACUACACAGACAACAACGAGAGCAGUUUUCACCCGGUGCUGAAUCUGUACGAGGUCACUGACAAAGACCGAGGCGUGUACGUCUGUGGCGCUAUCAACGCCGAGGGAUCCUCUUACAGCGAACCGGUUUUUAUAGACCUUACUUAUCCAGCAUUUUGCGAAGAGGAGUCCGUGGCCGAGUACGGUCUGGGAGUGGACGAGUCCAUCAACAUAACGUGCAACGUCAAGUCAAACCCGCCGCCGUUCCAGUACGGCUGGGCCGUUGUUAAUGGACAAGCUAAAGCCGAUGAUUUCGAGAACAAAAUACCUCUAAAUGUUGUAGUAACGGAUAACAACACGUAUUUGUAUACACGGCCUAAUGACACCGCGUUCAGUUCGAUAUUCUGCUGGGGAAUAAACGAGGUGCCUGACAGCGACUUGCCCAAAACGCCGUGCAGCUUUCUCAUAACGGACCAAACGGCGCCGCGGCCUCCCCUAAACUGCGUCGCUGUCAAACACGACCGUGACGUCACCGUCACUUGCGACAAGGGGCACGACGGCGGUUUGCCGCAAAAGUUCACAAUCUUCGCAAAAUCCACAGACACAGACGAAGUUCUAGAAACGAUAACGAAGUUAGAGCCAAAGUUCCUGAUACAAGACUUAACAGAAGAGAAUUUCAAAAUCGAAAUAGUGGCGUCUAACGAUAAAGGAGACAGCAGAUUAGUCGAAAUUGACAAAGACAGCAUUAUAGAUGAAUUAGCUGGUGAGGAGCCCGUGCAGAACACGGUGGCCAACAUCACGGUGUUAUCGCUGGCACUGUUCGGCGGCGUGCUGCUGGUGGCGCUGGCGGCGUGCGCGCUGGUGCUGUGCGCGCACGAGCGCGGCUCGCGGCCCGCCGCGCCGCGCGACCCCAACCCGCCGCUGUGCGCAUACAACACUGACGAAACCACUUGUAACGACAGCGACGACAGCGAGUGCAACGUCAGACGAACUGAAUCCUUCCGCCGGGCCAUGGCCAGGUACCCCUCCAAGAACUUCGAUGUCCGGCGAACCAGCUCCUUCCAUUCGGCCAGAUAUCUGCACGACUUCGCCGAACAAGACAUUGGCCACAAACACAACGACGUACUGAGACACAGUCCUAGUUGUAGAGUCCAUUCCAUGCAAAAUAUACACAGGAGAAGAGACAUGGACAAUCUGUGCGACCAUUUAGUCACCCAGUUACCUCCCACGACCAGCACAUUCCAUACAAUGCCAAAGAAAAUGCGGAAUAAACUGUCCAAAGAAAUUAGCGACGAAGCGUCUGUGAUUACGCAAACGUCGGACGGCUUUUCCCUGCCGCCUCCGCCCGACGAAUUCGGGACUUAUCGGUCCGGCACGAAGAUCAAAGACAUGCCUAAGGGUCCGACGUACACAACAAUCAUUAGGAAGAACUCUAGUAAGAAGGAGAGUCAGCGGCAACCGCAGUAUGGGAACAUAUCUUCAAUGAACACUGUCGGAGUCCCGACGGUCAGUGGUCAGCCCGGCGUGUACACGUACCCUGAUGAUAACGGUUGUCAGGUAUUGCUGCGAACGCCUGGCGUGCUAACAACUUUCCAAACAUUUCCUAGACCUAAGGAAUCGGGACUAUGAGAUAUGCUCACAAUGCACGAUGCCAAAGAACUUUAUAUUUAGACCAAAUAAGAAGUGGCUUUACAAAAGUGAUAGAUUUAUAGAGUUGCACUGAUAAUUAGGUUAAAAAAAACUAUUUUUUUUGUAAAGUCAUUUCUAAAUUAUUAGAUCUCAUUUAGCAUGAUGACUGUACAGAUGAUGAAGCCUGUGUUAGAAAUAAUAAGACAUGAUUAAAUGAAGAAUCAUUUAUUUUACAAAAAUAGAAAUCAUCAAUGUUUUAGAGACCAAUAAACACUUGGGCUAUUAUCUCAUUAUUUAAACAUGCACAUGAUUGACGUAACUAACUCAUUGACAUUAAACAUACUGCGGCGAUCUAACAAGAAAUUGAUCAUAUUUAUCAUCGUAUGUCUGCAAUUUGUUAUACACUUUUACAGUAUAUGGUCUAGCAAUAAUUAACUUAUCACUGCCAUUAAAAUAACUAACCAUCAUUUAAAUUAGUACCUAUUAUUAUAUUCGGUAGUAUGAAUAUGUGAGAAAUAAAAUAAUAAGUUUGUAAUAAUUGUAUAAAUUUUUCUAUUGUUUACGUAGAUUUAUUACCAAAGAAAAUGUAAAAUAUGAAAUAAACAUAUUCCAGUCA